CUUCCCUGGCUUUGCUUCCCUUUGCAUCUAAGCCCCUCGUUUUGCUCUUCUUUUCCUUUAACACUUUCUCAUCUCCUCUCUCUUUCAGUUCCUUCUCUGAGAAAUAUGUUAUCACCUUAAAUCAAGCUUAGCUAAGUGAACCAAACCAGAGUUGUUUAGGUUUUGUUUUGGUCAUAUGGGCUCUGCAAGCAAUGAUAACCAAUAUCAAUGGCCACCAUAUGAGUCUUUCAAAGACUGUUCUCAAAGAGUUUGCAGCAUCUACUGCCCACAAUGGUGUUACAUGAUCUUUAGUCCUCCACCACCUUUUGAGUUCGGCGAAAGCUCCGAGGAGAGCUCCGGUAUAAACUUCUCUCCUCUUAUUAUAGCCCUAAUUGGCAUUGUUGCUAGUGUGUUUAUUCUUGUCACGUACUACACCAUCAUCUCCAAGUAUUGCCGGCGACGUGCCGGUGGUUCUGCUAGGGAUAUUGACAGGGAAGCGAAUCCGAACACCGGUAGUGAGCCGUGGCAGGGUGCUAAUACUGGUAUGGAGGAGUCACUGAUCAAGUCCAUCACUGUUCACAAGUAUAAAAAGAAUGAUGGGGUGGUAGAAGGUACAGACUGUUCUGUUUGUUUGAGUGAGUUUCAAGAAAAUGAGAGCUUAAGGCUAUUGCCAAAGUGUAGCCAUGCUUUUCAUGUUCCUUGUAUCGAUGCUUGGCUCAAGUCUCACUCUAGUUGUCCGCUUUGUCGAUCCAAUAUUGCUGCUCCUGCUAUUGCCUUGUUGCCUCCUGGUCAUCAUAUUCAACAGCAAGUUUUGCCUUCUGUUGAAGAAAACGCACGGCAGGAACGGAUCAAUCAAUACCAGCAUUCUAGCAGUGGAAGUGUCUUGGUAGUUCAAGAUAGGGAAGAACAGAGUUUUCAGGUUCAAAAUCAUGAGAUCCAUGGAUUAAGGAGAUCAAUUUCUUUGAUUGAGGUGUUAAAUCUACAUGAUGAUGAUGACGACGACGACUUGGAAAAUCAGAUGCAGCAUUUCCAAUUUCCUAUGCAGAAUCUCGAGUUUUCUAUGGAAACAGGGUCCUCAAAAGGAGCAGUGGAUCCGGAACAGAACUCAAAAUUCAACAAUAUUAGAAGUGGGGUUGUAAGCUUGGUAAAGGGUCCUCUUGGGCUGAAGAGAUCUAGUUCAACAGGGAUUUUUGGGUUUACAAAUUAUGCAAAUUAAAGGAAAAGAAUUAUGUUAUUCCUAACUGAUCAAAACCAUUGUUAUUUCUGUUUCAAUGUCCAUAUUUAUGUAUACAAAGAGAGAGACCCUGCAGGAUGCUGCUCUGAACUACUUGACUAUGAAGUAUAAAGUAUGAACUCCAAGCUUUGUGGUCUACUUGAAAAGGCUUCCUUAGACACUGU